AGCUGGACAUGCACUCCAUUAUUGUCCCUUUCCUAAACCAGGAGCCUCUCUUCACAGCGGAGCAGGUGAUGGAGGAGCUAGAGGCGAUGAUGCAGGACUCUCUCGACCUGGAGGCCUCCUUAUCCUCGGAGGACCGCAGAGGCUCCGGUUACGAGGAGAGGCUAGGGGCCAUGCGUGUUGCCGAGCUGAACGAGCUCCUGCAGGAGACGGAGAGCCACAUCCAGGCGUUCUCCGAGGAGCUGGUCCAGGAGCUGGCCCGGCGGGAGGAGCUGGACUUUGAGAAGGAGGUGAAGAACGGCUUCAUCGCCCUCCUCAUCGACGUGCAGAACAGACAGAAGGAGCUCCGGGAGACGCUGAGGAGGAGGAAGAAGCUGAAGAACCCCCAGAGCCAGCCCGAGAAGACCCGUGGAGCACGUUUCAGCAUGGAGGGAUUUACCUCUGUGUUUCAAUACGGCUUCCGGCAAACUUUUGGUAGUGGAUGCAGUGAAACUCAGCAGUAUUUGACAACAUUAAUACCUUAUGAGAAAAGAGUUGGUCCUCCAUCAAUUGAAGACCUGCAAGUUUUGACCAACAUUCUUCAAGCUAUGAAGGAAAACAGUGACAAGGUGCCCAGUCUGCUGACAGACUACAUCCUCAAAGUGCUUUGUCCGACGUGAAGCAGAGAGAGAGUGCCUACAUUUUCUGGAGAAGCUUCUAGCAGCGAGUGGGGUACCAUGUUCACCAUGGUAACCAAGAUGAAGAGGACUCGUCAUGUGUUUUCAGAUUACCAUCCUUUAUUUAUUCCUCCAAACGUACAUUUUCGUGUUUUUAUUUACGCCUCAUUUCUUUUACGUCGAUUACGGUAAUUUGACGGCAUCAAUGUUUUAACAGACAUCCCGUUUUCAUCUGUUAGUAUUGUUUGAUUGUUUAGUUUUAGUUCAUUUCGCAUUUUGCAUAGUAUUUGGAUAUUGGAGAGGUAUUUCGUGAGGGACUAUUUCCCAACUCUAGAUGCACCCUUUCCCCAACCCUGUAGCGAUCAUUAAGAGACCGAAGCUAUUUGCACCCGGUACAGGUGCCCAUGGCUCUCUGCCUUGCUGUACCCUGUUCUCCAACCACAGAGGGUGUGGGAAAACUAAAACCCUGAUAUGCAAUUCAGUACUGUUACUGUAGACAGAAUCUUCACUGUUUAGUGAAGUGGUCCAUCUGUUCUAAAGGAAGGGGCAUUGCUUAAUGCCAAGGCCACGUUCUCAGGACUGAAACACAGCACUGCCCUCUGUGACUGUUGACUCAUUAACUCCCCUAUGCAGUUGGUACAGAUGAGUGACCUUUGCACUUCCUCCAACACUGAGACACAGAAUGGAUCUCUGAAUCAGAGACGUUGUAAUGAACUUCCCUUUACGCUGACACAGUGAGAACUUUGCACAGUGAAAUGCUGACUUUUGGUAACUUAGUUAUUUAGUUAACUUGGUUAUUUAUUUGAUCAAAUGGUCGAACUGCCUUGGCUGGAUAUUUUUUACAUUGCUUCUUUUAUGACAAAUAUUGAAUUGGUGGAAGGGCUAAAUGCUAAUUAUGUACAAAUUGUUCAAUAAAUAAUACAAC